UGCCACUGCUCCACGUCCACACCUUCGAGUUCCUGAUCCCUGCCGUGGUGCUGAGCACUCACCUGCCCCACCCUGGCAGCAAUGGGACAGACAUGCCUGCACCAUGCACGGGGCCAAGCUGCAGCACGGGGGGCUGGGACCGCACAGCCAGAGAGGUGUCGGGCGCGGUGGUCGUGGCCGGGCUGGUGCAGCUGGCGCUGGGGCUGAGCGGCGUGGGAGGGUGGGCCCCCCGGCACUGCGGGCCCCUGGUGCUGGCCCCCACGCUCUCCAUCAUGGGCCUCUCUGCCUACAAGCCGGCAGCCGCCUUCUGCUCGGCCAGCUGGAGCCUGGCGCUGCUGCUGGUGCUCCUGGCUGUCCUGUGCUCCCAGCACCUGGGCUCCUGCCGCCUGCCCCGGUGCACCGAGACCCGGACCCCCCGCUUCCCCGUGGGCACUGCCAUCCCGGCCCUGCGCCGGUUCUCGGUGCUGCUGCCCUUCGCCAUCGCGUGGCUCGUCUGCGGGGUCCUGGCACAGCUCCCCGUGCCCUGGGCCCAGCUCAGCCCAGUGCUGCCCAAUGCCACCACGCCGCCCCCCUGGCUCCAGCUGCCCUACCCAGGUCAGCUGGGGUGGCCCCAGCUCAGCCCCCUGGCACUGGGCGCUGGCUUGGCCAUGGGCCUCGCCACCGGCCUGAGCUCGCUGGGCUGCUAUGCUCAGUGCGGGGGGGUGCUGGGGACUGCUCCCCCGCCCCCGUCUGCCUGCAGCCGGGGGCUCUGCACUGAGGCACUGGGCUCCCUGCUUGCUGGGCUACUGGGGGGACUGGGGGGCUCGGCCGCCAGCAUCCCCCACGCCAGCCUCGCCAGCCUCACCCAGGCUGGCUCACGUUGCCCGGUGCAGCUGGCCGCGCUGGUCUGCCUGCUCCUGGGCCUGUCGCCCCGGCUGGCCGAGCUCCUCACCCGCAUCCCACUGCCCGUCCAUGGCGGCGUGCUCUGCGUGACCUACGCGGUGGCGGUGGGCGCAGGGAUCUCCUACUUCCAGCGCGCCGACAUCGACUCAGGCCGCAACGUCUUCGUGGUGGGCUUCACCAUGUUCAUGGGGCUCUUGGUGCCGCGCUCAGCACUGGCCACAGGCUGGGAGGUGUUGGACGUGCUCCUGCGCUCGCUGCUGACGGUGCCGGUCGUCAUCACGGGCGUCCUCUCCUUCGUCCUGGAGAACACGGUCUCGGGUUCACCCCAGGAGCGGGGCCUGCUCCCACCCCGGGUGCAGGGGAGCGAACCUGCCCGGGUCUACGGGCUUCCGCCUGCCCUCCGGUGCCCGCUCGGCCCCACCGGCCUCCGCGUGUUUCCCCUCUGCUUCCUCUGCCCCCGGCCGGGGCAGGAGGAGGAGGAGGGUGGCCGUGCCGUGGAGGAAGGCUCUACAUCUCCAGGGGAAGCCACGCGACUGCUGGUGAAAGCCGGGGCGACGGCCGAAGCCAAGGCUGGAGGAAAAGACUGAGAGCCCGAGCACUGCUGGUGGCCAGAUGCCGUGUGAGUGCCACGGCUGAGACUGUCUCUCCGUGGCGGGGCAGAGCCCUGGCCCCGUGCCUUCCACACUCCUGCCACCACCAGUGUCCCCGCGCCGGGGGAUAAAGCAAUGCACCCA